AUGCCUGAUAAUGCUCCUAAGUGGGACCUUCUCCAUUCCAACCAGGAAAACGAAACCAGCUUGGUGACUGGGUUUGUCCUCUUGGGCUUCCCAUCCCUCUCACGCCUAUUCCAUCUGUUGCUUUGCUCUCUUCUGUCUACUUGCUAUGCCUUCACCUUGAUGGGCAACCUGUGCAUCAUGUCGGCCGUCCUUUGGGACUCUCGCCUCAGCCGCCUCCCCAUGUACAUCCUCUUGGGCAACUUCUCUGGGCUGGAGAUCUGCUAUGUAACCACCACCAUGCCCCGGAUGUUGUCAGAUCUGGCAUCCCCACAGCCGAGUGUCAUCUCCUUCCAGGGCUGCUUCCUCCAGUUCUACUUCUUCUUCUCUAUGGGGACCACCGAGAGCUUCCUUCUUGCUGCCAUGGCCUUGGAUCGCUACUUGGCCAUCUCCCACCCACUGCGUUACCCAAUCCUCAUGUCACCACGGUUUUGCUUUACCCUGGCAGCCUGCUGCUGGGUCUCUGGUUUCCUGUGGUUCCUGGUCCCCAUUGUGUUGAUUUCCCAGCUCCAUUUUUGUGGUUCCAAUGUCCUCGACCAUUUUAUCUGCGACCCAGGCCCGCUGCUGGCCUCCUCCUGCUCUCCAGCCCAUCGCAUAGAGCUGGCCUUCUACAGCCUCAGCUCCAUUGCUAUCUUUGGCCCAUUCCUCUUCAUUGUGGGAUCCUAUGCAGCAGUCCUGAGGGCAGUGAUGAAACUGUCUUCCACUGCAAGGAGGAAGAAGGCCUUUUCUACCUGCACCUCCCAUCUGGCUGUGGUGAGCCUUUUUUAUGGAUCCAUCAUGGUCACCUAUGUCGUCCCCGAAGCUUCUGGAGGCAGCAACAAAGUGGUGACUCUCUUCUAUUCUGUUGUGACCCCUUUGCUCAACCCACUGAUCUACAGUCUGAGGAACAAGGAGAUGAAGGAUGCCCUAAAGAGGACAAUAUUGGGGGGACGUUAG